GGGGCGUCUUGAGGGAAUGUUUCUGCACCAGCGCGCGCUGCAGCUGUAAGAACGUCUGUGACUGACAGCGCGAGACAGUCUGCAUUCUGCACUCUGUUGACACUUCCUUUCGCGAGACAUCCUGCCUGCGGGGACAGCAAGAUUCAAGCUUCAUUCUUUGAGUGGUUAUCCAGUAUCUAUCGAUGAUUUGAAGAACUGCAAUAGUUUUCCAGUAUACCUGUUUUCCAUCCAGCACUUUGUUGCUCAUCUAUGCUGUCGCAGACUGCUGGAAGUUAUCGCAUCAGUGCUCCAGACAAAAUGGCUUCCACAGUGAGAAAAUGUCAGCACCUGUUUUUAACACUCAUCCUUCUCCCUUUGAUCUACUGCAUGCACCCAGAAUGUGUCAUUCAGUUAGAGAAAGAGAAGUGCAUGGAAAGAAUGUCAAUGGAUGUCCCCAUCAGAGAACCUGAAUUAGUCUGCCGAUGGAUGUGGGACAACCUCACCUGCUGGCAGCCAGCCAGAAUUGGUCAGGUCGUCUGGAUGCCCUGUCCUGAGCUGUUUGAUGUCAUGAGUGAAGAAAAUGAUGACUUUGGAAAGGUGAGUCGUAACUGCACUGAGGAUGGCUGGUCAGAGAUGCUCCCUCACUAUGUUGACGUAUGCCCUUUUAAUGACAAUGGAACAAGUCCAGACAUGUACUAUGUGUCAGUGAAGGCUCUUUAUACUGUGGGCUACAGUACCUCACUGGUGUCUCUCACCACUGCCAUGGUCAUUCUCUGCAGGUUCAGGAAGCUACAUUGCACCAGGAAUUUCAUUCACAUGAACCUGUUUGUGUCCUUCAUCCUGAGGGCUAUCUCAGUUUUCAUCAAAGAUGGCAUUCUAUAUGCAGAGGAGGACAGCAGUCAUUGCUUUAUACACACAGUGGAGUGCAAGGCGGUGAUGGUAUUUUUUCAUUAUUCUGUUUUGUCAAACUAUAUUUGGCUAUUCAUCGAGGGCUUGUAUCUGUUUACUCUGCUCGUUGAGACAUUUUUUCCUGAGAAAAGAUACUUCUACUGGUACACCAUUAUUGGAUGGGGUACUCCAACAAUAUGUGUGGCUGUCUGGGCUGUCCUUAGAGCACAUUUUGAUAACAUUGGGUGCUGGGACAUCAAUGACAAUUCUGCCAUCUGGUGGAUAAUCAAGGGUCCUGUUCUUGCUUCUAUUAUGAUCAACUUUAUACUCUUCACUGGCAUUAUUAUAAUCCUGGUGCAGAAGCUGCAGUCUCCAGAUAUUGGUGGAAAUGAGUCCAGCAUUUAUCUGCGUCUGGCCCGCUCCACUCUUCUCCUCAUCCCGCUAUUUGGUAUCCAUUAUACUGUGUUUGCUUUCACACCAGAAGAUGUCAGCAAGAGAGAAAGGCUUGUGUUUGAACUUGGUCUUGGCUCUUUUCAGGGUUUUGUAGUAGCUGUCCUUUACUGCUUUCUCAAUGGAGAGGUGCAGUCAGAAAUCAAAAGGAAAUGGCGCAGCUGGACUGUGAACCGGUACUUUGCUGUGGAUAUGAAGCACAGGCAUCCGUCGCUGGCCAGCAGUGGUGUGAAUGGGGGCACCCAGCUUUCCAUCCUCAGCAAGAGCAGCUCACAGAUCCGCAUGUCUAGUCUUCAAGCUGAAACACCAGCCACAUGAGUGAUCUAUGUCAACAUCCAAGUCCUGUUUCAAUUUCUUUUGACGCUGAACUAUACGUCUGUCAAUUGUCCAUAGACAACAGGCAGUGGAUAUGGAAAUCUGAGGAUCUCCCGACCAAUCAUCUAUUGUGUGCCAAGAAAAGAUGAAUACUUUUGAUGUGGACUUGUGGAUGAAUCUCAACCUGUGAUUUUAUCUGAACCUGUGAAGAAGGGAAUUACUGUAUAAGCCAAGAGUCUGCUUUGAACAAUAGGAAUAAAUGAAUUAUUGCAAUCCAGUAUUUAGGAUGUGUUUCUAUCCAGAAUACUGGGACUCGGCUAAAGAACAACAAGGUGGAUAUUUUUGUACAUAUCUACACCACACCAGUCUCUGUGCUGUUACUUUUUGUCUUUGAAGAUUUCUGACAGCACCUCUGUGCUAAUAAAGCUGCAAGUUUCUCCAUGUGACGUUUUGGUUAAUCUUUGAAGAUGCAGUUGGAGUGGAUAAAGACACAGAUUCAGUUAUGGCUGGUGUCCCAGUAAAGAAAGUGUGACAUAAAAAGCCUUUGUCUGUGAAAGAGAAGGAACUACAUAUUUUUCACCGGAGCUUAAUCAGUCAAUGAUUCGUGAUUGCUGAUACUCAGACACAUCAGUCAUUUAAUAUGUAAAUUAUAUUUAAUGUAAAUUUUUCAUCUUUAAAUUGUGUAUCUCAGUUGAAGGACUGAAUGAAGGACUGCAGAUAAAUCUAAUUGAAGGACAAACGAUUGCACCAGGGAGUGAAUCAUUCUUGGGAACUACAGUGUCAUGUGACCUAUUUUACAAAUCCUUAUUGGAGGAUUAAAAGCCUCUGGGAUUCCACUGUACAUUCACAGCCCUUAAAGUGAAACUUGGCCCUAAAUAUCUUUCUUCAUUCAGGUGAUCUGUAUAUCU